UCACUUGCGCCGUUUUGAAAGUUAUAAGGAAGUGUUAGCAGGUCAAAAUGUUGUAGGAUUGCCUGCUUAUUCAGAUAAUCAUAUGUUAAAGAGCCAUCAGAUAACGUAAAGGGGUGCAGUGCCUGUCUGAAAUAGGCGACUUUACUGCAAUCUCAGUUAACGCGGGACUACAGACGGCUUGAACCCCUGAGUAUCGCGAGACUUGACCAGCUGUUUAGUCUGUUUUUUUUAGACUGGUGCUGCUCGUCGGUCAACACGUGGGGAGGAGAGAUUGACUUUCCACAGGGACACGUUUGAAAAACCUCAUUUUGUCAGAAUUGGUCUCAUCGUGGCGGCACCAAGGACCCUAAAAUACUGUGUAGCUGUUAGUGUCCUGAGGAAAUGCCGCUGAGGUUUCGUUCUGUUGUGCCCUACACACUUCCUGGAGUUCUUGCACUGAUCGGCUGGUGGUGGUACAUCUCGCGGAAGAAAGAGCGGCUCAUCAGCCAUGACAGCCCAGAGGGGGCUCAGACCGACAUGGGCCUAAGAGCAUCUCCAGCAGAGGGUAGCAACGGUUUGCUUGACAAAGGCACUAUAUCCCCAACAAAUGACAUAGAAAGCCCCACCCACAGACCUCCAAAGGUCAGUAACCUGAGAACAGAACAUGAGAAUAUUUCCCAGAGCCAUGCCCAGGACACUGAAGCGGCUCCUUCACUGAAACAAAGUUCUGAAGAAGCUGCCCCUCACCUCGGCAGAAUAAGACAAGAGGAAGUGCAUAAACCCCUGGCCUCGACUCUACUCUCACCCGGCAAAGAAGACGGCCUGCAGGUGUCAUUGAAACACCAAAUAGACCCAGAGCAAAGCUCGACACCUGCCUUGGUAAAAGAGCUGGAGAGACACCUAGUCAAAGAUGCAGCCUCUGCUCCAGAAGCCACAGUAGAAGAGGUCAUCCUGCCCUGCCAGUCUACCAAAGUCACCAGCUGCUCCCCCACAAUAACACACCUUUCUGACGCAGAGAGGCCGGAGCCAGAAGGAGAAGUCGCUAAGCACUACAGCACUGUUAACACACACGAUGAGAUGGCUGUCGGUGCGGUCACCUCGGCCAAAGUGCAGAGAGUGAUCCCAUCAGAGGUCGACUCUCAAGACACAGAGCUGACGGCGCAGGAGUUCCACCAACAUAUUCUAACCAGCACACCUACCUCCCCGGCCCCCACCUCCACAGCCCUGACAACGGUCCAAGACGCCACCGGCCUAUCAGACAGCCAAGAGGACAUCCAGGUUCACAGUUGCCACGGGAAGGACCAGGAUCUGGAGUUUUUAGCAGCUGGACUUAUAAGUGAGGUCAUCUCUGCAGCCACCCAGGAGGUCUUUGGUGUAACCAGCUGCCAGGUGACAGAAACCAGCCAGCCAAGCUGCAGUAGCAGCCCACCACUGGCUAGUGGCAGACUAUGCUCCCAACUGCUGACAUGUGCCUCUCAGACAGGAUACGAAUCUAGAGAGGCCACAGAGAAGGAAGAGCAAGGGACGCCUAACGGAUGCCCCUCGGCUCCAGUAUGGGAGCCCGUUGAGGCCAAUCACAGAGUUCAUCAGACAAACCAUGCACAGAGAGGCCAGUGGCUAACACCGUCGCACCAAGCAGCACAAAGCACCCCUUUGCUAAACAUAAAACUGAAAGGUGACGAAGCAGCUGCGCUGGCUGACGAUUCAGCCUGCAGCACAUGCCACUCUGAGGACGGCAUCAGCAGCGAGGACCUCCAGAACAGCAUGUUUGACAACCAAAUGGAUGCGAUCCAGGUUACAGACUUGUCGGCAAGAGAAGCCACACAGCCUCAGUCACUGGUUGAGGCUGCCACGGAGGCCUCUGUGUUGGCCGUAACUGAAGAAAACUCUGUGGAUGCUGUGUGUGAGAUAAAGAGGCUCAAUGGGAUGGGCCUUCGGAACGGAGCUCACGGCGCGUGUGAGGUGGAGACGGACCAAUCUGGAGGCUCUGAUGUGAACAGUAUGGACUCGGUGGACAGCGGCUGCACUAUGGGUGCUGGGGAAAGCCAGAACAACCACACUGCCUCCUCCAGCUCUGAGCUCAUCAUCUGGGAGAUUGAGGUGCCAAAGCAUCUUGUAGGGCGGUUAAUAGGGAAGCAGGGAAGGUAUGUGAGUUUCCUGAAGCAGAACUCUGGUGCAAAGAUCUACAUCUCCACCCUGCCUUAUACACAGGAGUUCCAGAUCUGUCACAUAGAGGGUACGCAGCAGCAGGUUGACAAAGCUCUGUCCUUGAUUGGGAAAAAGUUUAAAGACCUGGACUUGACCAACCUUUAUGCACCGCCGCCGCCUCCACUCACAUUGCCAUCGCUUCCCAUGACGUCCUGGCUUCUGCUCCCCAGUGGAGUGACCGUUGAAGUCAUAGUGGUGAACAUUGUGUCAGCCGGUCACGUCUUUGUCCAGCAGCACACCCAUCCCACCUACCACGCUCUGCGAAGCCUCGACCAGCAGAUGUUCCUCUGCUACUCCCAGCCGGGCACCCCGGCCCUGCCCUCCCCCGCUGAAGUUGGUGUGAUCUGUGCAGCUCCAGCGGUGGAAGGAGCCUGGUGGAGAGCGCAGGUCAUCACCUUCUAUAAAGAAAACAAUGAAGUGGAGAUCAGAUAUGUUGAUUAUGGAGGCUAUGACCGAGUAAAGAUCGACUCACUGCGGCAAAUCAGGUCUGAUUUUGUAACACUACCUUUUCAAGGUGCGGAAGUAUUGCUUGACAACAUCGCCCCACUUCCAGGGGAGGAUCGUUUUUCACCUGAGGCCACAUCAGCGUUGGAAGAGAUGACCAGAGGAGUGGCUCUGCUGGCACAGGUCUCAAAUUACGAUAACAACACAGGCCUCCCACUGGUCCACCUGUGGAACAUGGUCGGAGAUGAGGUGAUCUCAGUGAACCGUACGCUGGCAGAGAGGGGCCUGGGUGUUUGGGUGGAUGGAUUUUGAACUCCUAACAUGCUCUGAUCUCCGCCCGCAACCCAUUUAUGUCUUGUGAUCAGCAGUCUGGGACCUAGGUGCUCCUGGGGUCCCACCCUCACCAGACUCACCACUGGAUCUAAGAAGAUUGUUUUUUUUUUUCCUUUCAUUUAUUUUUUUUUUUCUACCCCAAAAUUCCUUUGAAAUGAAAUUGUUUGCAGGCAUAAUCUACAAGAACAGCAUAAGACAACCUCCCCUUCUUGUUCUUGUACACAAAAAGAAUUCAAAGAAGGAAAGGAAGGAGGUACUUGUACAAAAAAAAACUAAAAAAAAUCUAAUCUAUAUUGUAACUAAAUAAAGGUUCAACCAAUAUUUUUUCCUCCCCCAUUUUUGCUCUGGGCCUUUGCUCACUGACUGUGGAUCAUCAUGCUGUGUGCAAACACGGACAAACGUGUCCAUCAGACUGUGGAGAUGUGUUGUGAACAAAUUUGAGUUCCAUUGACACCUCGCUUGUAGUCGUCUGUAGGUCCCUACAUUUCAACGUUGAUUUAGCAGAUUUUGGGGGGAGUUCUUCUCUGGAUAGUGUAGGCUGUAGAAAGGCUCUAGAGACUGAUAGGUGAUAGUGUGGCCGAGAGCUACGGUGGUCAGAGGGUGGUCCCUGGUGGAGCACUCAGCUGGUCUGCCCGGCAACUGUGGCCUCAAGAGACAUGGACUUCUCUGGGUUUCCAUCUAGAGCUGCUGCUGCUGCACCUCCAACCAGACAGGAGCGAGCCGUCGCCUUCGCUCCACCUUUUCUCCACCAACGUGACCCCGUGUCACAGAGGAGCCAGGAGUUUCAACCUACCAGACAAAAUGCAGACGAGCGGCUUUUAAAAUCGGAACUCCAAGUUGGGCAAAUUUCUUUGACUCAAUAUUUCCAAGAAGCAAGUGAGGCAACAAACGGCUGACUACACAGAUCACUACACAGGGACUGUUUGUAACCCUUGCAUUACAUUUGCUCUGUUUUUAAAGACUGACGUAACUGUUAAGAUCCACCUCCACAUCCACCCCCAAGUGAAGUGUCCACAAAGUCAAAAUAAAAUGAAUUAUGACUAGGAAA